AUGAAGAUUAGAAUAGAAAGUUCAAGAAUCAUUAAGCCUUUCUAUGAACACACCCCUCCUCCUUCAACAACAAGCCACAUUCCCCUUAGUGUCUUUGAUAAGAUCACAUAUGAGGCUCAAAUUGCUAUCAUAUAUGCCUACCACCCUCCCACCCCACCAAAUAUCGCGAUUGAAUUAGGUCUUCGAAAAGCCGUAGGUGUUUAUCGAGAGUGGGGUGGAAGAUUAGGUGAAGAUGAACAUGGAAAUCGAGUGAUUCUCCUCAAUGAUGAGGGUGUUAAAUUUGUGGAGGCAUCGUCUAGUAGCACUCUAAAUCAAGUAAUGCCUUUCAAGCCUUCACCUUCUUUGCUUAGCCUACACCCUAGCUUGAAGGAUGUGAAAGAAUUGGUGCAAGUCCAAUUAACUAGGUUCACUUGUGGCUCCUUGGUGGUUGGUUUUACCGCGCACCACACGGUAGCAGAUGGUCAUUCCACUAGCAACUUCUUGGUUGCAUGGGGCCAAGCUUGUCGAGGCCUCAGAGUCAAUCCUCUUCCUCUGCAUGAUCGUACUGUUUUCACCCCUCGAAAUCCUCCUCUUAUUGAGUAUCAACAUAAAGGGGUUGAAUUCAUGUCUAAGUCAAAAAAAGAACAUUCACUUAAUGAAGUUCAUCAUAUAUCUGAAGAUGUGGUUGUACACAAAGUUCAUUUCACAGUUGAGUUUCUCGCGAAUCUUAAAGCAAAGGCUUCUUCCAUGAAUGGAAAUAACAAGCCUUAUAGCACCUUUGAAAGUCUCCUUGCACAUUUAUGGAGGGUCAUAACCAAAGCCCGCGGGCUAAGUGGAUUUGAGUCAACCCAAAUAAGAAUCUCAAUCAAUGGUAGAACGAGGUUGAACCCAAAAGUACCCAAUGAGUACUUUGGGAACUUAGUCCUAUGGGCAUUCCCAACAACAAAAGUGAAGGAAUUACUACGAAAACCUCUGCCACACGCAACAAAGCUCAUUCAUGACGCUAUUGCAAAAGUAAACAACGACUAUUUUAGAUCGUUUGUUGACUUUGCUAACACCAAAGCAAAGGAAGAAGACCAACUUGUCCCCACCGCGGACAUGAACAAGCACAUACUUUGCCCAAAUAUCGAGGUGGAUAGUUGGUUAAGGUUCCCAUUCUACGACCUAGAUUUUGGUACGGGGUGCCCGUACAUGUUCAUGCCUUCGUAUUUUCCUACCGAAGGCAUGAUGUUUCUUAUACCAUCUUUCGUCGGAGACGGAAGUAUCGAUGUCUUCGUUCCUUUAUUCGAAGACAAAUUGCCCCUCUUCAAGAAAAUUUGUUAUUCCUUGGACUUGCUUGAAGAUUAA